GUAGGCUUCGCUAGUUUCCUCAACCAAACACUCGAACUGAUAUCUGUGUGAUAAAAACACUGGAAGUCAGCCGGUGGACGAAGAGGACAAGAAAGCUGUUUUAUCAGGAUAAAAAGCAGCCGAACCGAGCCGUCCUCGUCGUUACUAACGAGCUGAGUCGUUUCUGUUUCUGUAACUUGUCUUAGAAGAAGAAGAAAGACGGAGGAAACCGCUGCUUUUAAAGCCUCCGAAAGGGCUGCUUUCUAUUCUUUGCUCUGGCUUUGUCGAAAGGCGGGGAAUACAAAGCGACGUGUGCUCAAAUAUAUAACAUUUUGGACUCGUUUGAAAGCAAAAACGGGAUUACUACAGAGCCAGUUCGUGGUGCUGUGACUGGUCAGCGAUAGUACAUGGAUUAUCUGUGUUUCCGGGCACUGUGCUGUAAAGGACCCCCGCCGCCAAGACCAGAGUAUGAUGUGGUGUGCAUCGGCCUGACAAGUGCUGGAAAGACCAGCCUGCUCUCGCGCCUCUGCAGUGAGAGCAGCGACGGCAUCGGUCCCACGACAGGUUUCAGCAUCAAAGCAGUGCCAUUUCCAAAUGCCAUCUUGAAUGUAAAAGAACUUGGAGGAGCCGACAACAUCAAGAAAUACUGGAGUCGUUACUACCAGGGGUCACAGGGUGUAGUCUUCGUAUUGGACAGUGCCUCAUCGGAUGAGGACCUCGAGGCGGCACGAAACGAGCUCCACUCGGCCCUGCAGCACCCGCAGCUCUGCACACUGCCUUUCCUCAUCCUCGCCAACCACCAGGACAAGCCUGCUGCCAGGACGCCAAACCAGGUGAAGAAGUACUUUGAGCUGGAGCCGCUGGCCCGAGGGAAGCGCUGGAUCCUGGACGGCAGCAGCACCGACAACCUGGAGGCAUUGAAGGAGAGCUUUGGUCAGUUCAUUUGCCUGUUGGAGGACAAAGACACAGAACCCGCAAGGAUAUGACGCUAACACUGCUAACGCUAAGAGACAUUAGCGGCUAACAGCAAAGAAAAUGCAACAUCCUGCUGGUGCCCAUGUACACACACACACACACACACACACACGCACACUCACGCACAGACACACACUCAGAAAACACAGCAGAUGUUGGCCUCUCUCGUGGAGAAGUGUAUAGUAUGUCAUCCUCCCUUCACUGCGCUCCCAUUUUUUUUCAAAUUGGAAGAGUGUGUGCACAAGUCAGCCACUACAAGCCCGACAGAGGAGAGCUGCCAUUGAAACCCAGCCGACGUAACGCAGUUGGUCAAGAAAAAUCAUUGAACUUUGCCAGAAAUGGAAGUCUUGUUUACUUACUGUCUGUGCCAUUGUGAUUAAACCAAUGGCAUGUGGGACAUAUGGCAUUCCUCCAGUCAUCAUCGGACACCAACACACACAUUCUCACUCUUGCACACACACUGUCUCACACACACACACACACAGUGGAGCCCAGGUUGUCUGUAGAUAUGUUUAACAUCUCCAGUAAUUACUUUCCAGGAUGUUUGGGUGGGCUCGGUUGAUGUUCUUUCCACUCAGAAGUACUGUAUGGCUGUCAAGUGUGCUUCUCCUCUUAACGACGAACGUCGUUGUGCGAUUGGAGUCCGAAGCCUCGUGUUAUGUACGGUAGUUACAUAUCGGUGUGUCGCACCGUGUCUGAAUAUCUAAUCUGAAUAGUGUAGUAUCUCAUGGAGUAUUAUGUACAUGCAGACAAAGCAUAUUGCCGUGUACCCUCCCGUGCAGCCAUACACACAAAGUACUACUAAUCAUGUGACUAAGUGCUAGGUGACUUUAUGGAGACCAUUUAGAGGAAGCCGAAACAAAGUCUGAAUGCUUUUAUAAAUGUGCAACUUAGGAUAUAUUUUAUAGCUCCGUAUGUUAACCUCGUAGAGCUACGUUCAGAUUUUUUAUAUAUCAUUACCACACUUAUGAAUUCUUUAAAAAUCAAAGACCAAAAAAGAACAAAAAAAAACACCCACGAUGAUUGACCGGGCUGGAUGUAGCCUCAAGUUUCAUUUCAGUGUUCAGCAAAUGUCAUGUUUGUUUUUCUACAUUUUUACUGUAUUUUUUUCCCCUUUUGAAUUCAACAUAAUCCCUCUCGACUCUGGCGAGCGACUCCAGUCUCCCAUCAGGGUGGAAUACAAACUCUAUCAAUCAGCCGCAGCAACAGCUGCAUCUGACAAGUCCCUGUCCAACACCCUAAUGCCUUCCAACUGUCUGUGAAGACCCCUCCCUGUCUGCUGUUUACCGCGGACCCCCAGCCCCACCUCAUCCCAACCAACACUACCCCUCCACUCCAGCUCCGCUCCCCGUCCCCGCUACUGCUGGCUGGAUGCCAUUGUUCAGCCUGGCUGCCCUCGUGUGGACCCCACACCUCUGAAAUGAGUCGUGUUCAUUGUGCCACAGGUGUGUGCUCGUCCCCCCCAAGAUGUGCUUCAGUAACGGAUCACACCUCCUCCUCCUCCUCCUCCUCCUACCGUGCUUUGUGUUUCUGUCGUUGUAUUGUUCGGUAUUUUGUCAGGUUUUUAGAGAUGUAAUCACUUUUUGUACCUGACGUGAGAUCUGCCAGGUAGUUAUUUUUACAAUCUGGAUGGAUCGGUGCAUUCGAUUGCUUGAAUGCAAAAUAAUUGGACUUUGCAUAUCAUCUCAACACACAUAGGUUUUAAAACAUUCACUGCCAUUUUCUUUUUUUUUCUUUUUUUUUCUUUUCAAUCAUGCAUUUUGUCAAAAAUGGCAAUUAAAGUUUUAAAAAUU